AUGCGGCCCAACGCCCGCGGCCAGCACGCUGCCCAGGGUGGCCGCCACCCCGCCGCCCCCUUCGCCUUCCUCCUCCUCCGCGCAGGCCCCUCCUCGGCUCCUCUGCUCGGAACCCCGCGCCCCGUCCGCCUCCCUCCUCCUCCCCGCCCCCCGCCGGAUCCCGGACCCCUCCUGGUCCCCGGGGUGCGCCCCGCCUCCCUCGGCUGCCUCCCAUCCCUCCGCGUCCGGCCCCCAGCCCGGCCCUCCGCUCCGCUCCGGCCGGCCGCCCUCGCCGUCUUCCGCGCGCUGCCCGCGGCCCCUCCUCGGUGCCCGCGGCCGCUCCGCCCGCCGCCGCCGCCGCGCCCCGGCCGGCUCCAGGGGGCCGCUAACGGUCCCGCGCCCCUCGGCGCCGCGCGCGCCCCCAGCCCGGCCGAGCAGGCGGCGCCCCGGGCGCCGGGCGCGAUGGGGGCGGCGGAGCCGCUGCGCUCUGUGCUCUGGGUGAAGCAGCAGCGCUGCGCCGUGAGCCUGGACCCCGCGCGGGCGCUGCUGCGCUGGUGGCGGAGCCCCGGGCCCGGAGCCGGGGACCCGGGCGCGGAUGCCUGCACAGUGCCUAUUUCCGAGAUCAUCACCGUUGAGGAAACGGACGUUAACGGGAAGCAGUACAGCAGCGGAAAAUGGCAGAAAAUGGAAAAGCCGUACGCUUUCACAGUGCACCGAGUGCGGCGGGCGCGGCGGCACCGCUGGAGGUGGGCGCAGGUGACGUUCUGGUGCCUGGAGGAGCAGCUGUACCACCUGUGGCUGCAGACCCUGCGGGAGCUGCUGGAGGCGCUGACAUCUCGACCGAAGCACUUGCUGGUGUUCAUCAACCCGCUCGGAGGGAGAGGACAGGGCAAGCGGAUCUAUGAGAAGAAAGUGGCCCCGCUCUUCACACUGGCCUCCAUCACCACCGAGAUCAUUGUAACUGAACGUGCCAAUCAUGCCAAGGAGAGUCUGUAUGAGCUCAACAUCGACAAGUACGACGGCAUCGUGUGCGUGGGCGGAGACGGCAUGUUCAGCGAGGUUCUCCACGGCCUGGUGGGCAGGACGCAGAGGGACGCCGGUGUGGACCAGAACCAGCCCCGGGCCACGCUGGUGCCCAGCCCACUGCGCAUAGGCAUCAUCCCUGCGGGGUCGACAGACUGCGUGUGCUACUCGACCGUCGGCACAAACGACGCGGAGACGUCGGCUCUGCACAUCAUCGUGGGGGACUCGCUGUCCAUGGACGUGUCGGCCGUGCACCAUGACAGCACACUCCUGCGGUACUCGGUGUCCCUGCUGGGCUACGGCUUCUACGGGGACAUCAUCAAGGACAGCGAGAGGAAGCGGUGGAUGGGCCUCAUCAGAUACGACUUCUCAGGGUUGAAGACCUUCUUCUCCCAUCACUGCUACGAAGGCACAGUGUCCUUCCUGCCAGCUCAGCACACGGUGGGCUCCCCGAGGGACCGGAAGCCCUGCCGGGCGGGGUGCCCCGUGUGCAGACAGAGCAGGCAGCAGCUGGACGAGGAGCAGAAGCGGUCGCUGGACGGCCUGGACGGCACGGAGGAGGUGGAGGAGUGGAAGGUCCUCUGCGGGCAGUUCCUGGCCAUCAACGCCACCAACAUGUCCUGUGCCUGUCCCCGGAGCCCCCAGGGCCUCUCCCCGGCCGCCCACCUGGGGGACGGCUCCUCCGACCUCAUCCUCAUCCGGAAGUGCUCCCGGUUCAACUUCCUGCGCUUUCUGGUCAGGCACACCAACCAGGGCGACCAGUUUGACUUCACCUUCGUGGAAGUCUAUCGCGUCAAGAAGUUCCAGUUUGUGUCGAAGCCCGCGGAGGACGAGGACAGCAGCGUGCUGGGCCGCGGGAAGAAGCGGCUGGGACCGCUGUGCAGCGAGCACCCCACCUCCUGCUGCUGCCGCGCCUCCAGCAGCAGCUGGAACUGCGACGGGGAGGUGCUCAGCAGCCCGGCCAUCGAGGUCAGGGUCCACUGCCAGCUGGUCCGGCUCUUCGCACGAGGAAUCGAAGAAAGCCCCAAGCAGGAGUCCCGCGGCUGAGGGCCAGCUGUGGGAACCGUGUCCCAGACAAUGACGACAGACCAAUUAUGUUGCGAUACUUUCAAAUUUAGAAAUUUAUUUUUGAUAGCUGAAUAUUGAUUUUAGAAAAAUAACGUUUUCGUCAGCAGUUUUUGUGGAUGCAUUUGGUAUUUUCGGUUCUGUGUGCGUCUGUGGGUGCAUCUCAUGUGUCUCAGCCCCGGCAGGUGGCCCGUGCCGGCUGGGGAGCGCGGGCCCCUUAGAUUGCAGCCGUGCUGACGGCCCGCCCGUGGCUCUAACGCAGCAACUCAGGGCGGCGCGUUGCACCGCAGGCGUCCAUGGGGUCCCUGGGCUGCUCGGCAGGACCUGCCCUGCAGCGCUGGUGGUCAGCCCCUGCUCAGUCGCGGUUCGCUUUGUAGCACUUACCUCUUCCCUCACAGUUAGAGCAGCGCAUCUGGACCCUUCCUGUCUUGCACGUCUACAAGGCAACGAUGUCCUGGUCCGCCUCCGGGGCAGCCUGGUCCAGCGCGCGGCAGGCACUCCCCAGGCUGCACUCCUGUCACAGCAGCGCUUCUCGACAAUCCGGCGGGAGGACAGGUCAGGCGCCUCGGAAACCAGCCGCUCGUGGCGCCCUGGCGAGUGUCUCAGCGCUCAGACGCCCCGAGCGCUCUCCCCACGGCGGGGGCUGCCGUUCCCCGGGCUCGGUGGCCCGACGGGAAGCAGCCCGUGAACUUCGGACCGAGCGCCCCACCGCCGUGGGGAGAGGGUCCCACGUCCCGGGGUGCCCUUCCUGCAGCCCCGUCUGUACACCUGAUCCCAGCCCAUGCCUUUGUUGUCUUCACACUUCCAUGUAUUUAUUGCAAGGCGCGUCCUGUAAACCGGAACAGCAUACAGUGUCCUCGCUGGCCGUGUUUUCCUUUGUUUGCUGCGCAAGUGCGGGCCCCACCCCGGACCGGGGGGCGCCUGGCCUGGCCCCGUUUCAUCUGUGUUUGUGCUUCUGUGCGUGGACGACGCACCUGCAGCAGCUUUAUCUGAGACCUAAGAGGAUGCUGCCCCCAUUUGGACUUGUGAAAAGGGAGUUCGACUGUUACAAGAGACGGCUUGAGGGCCACCGGCCACCACACAGGGUCCGGCGGUCACCUUCGCGUCUAACAGAUGUCCUUCAUUCUCAGAACUCGUAUGUGUUGCAUGUCCUGUCUCAUUCCCACCCAGGGCAGCUUCGACAGGAGUUUUUCAGGAGACCGUGUUUCUACAGGGUCCCCAAGAGGGUCUCCGCGGUCUUGAUCGUCCCUGCGAAACGUCAAUCACUGGUCUGCCCCGAAGCCCAUUGUGUUGCUAGAAAAACAGUGUAGGCCGAGUAAGCAUGUUCUGUUCAAGAAGGAACCCCCACCCCCACCCCUGUAAUGCCACGUGGUCCCCAGUGGCCUUGGCCAUAUUCACCAACCGCUUGCUGACCUUCAAAACCGCAGAUUCUGGAACUGUCCCUGGGGGUCAUGUGACUGUCUGAGCCCCCACCCCCACCCCAGGCGCUGCGGAUGACCUCCCCCCCCCCAACCCCGGGACCGGAGUACCUCUCUGACCUUCCCACGAGCCAGGACUCUGGUGGAGUGACCACAGCCUAAACUCCAGGAUUUUAAGGAAAAAUCGGAACUGAUGGCUGGACGGGGAGGACCCGGGGUCGGGGUCGCUGGGAAGUGCUGGUCCAGUCGUGACCCUGUGCCCGGCGAUGCCGCAGUUCCUUGUUCCCAGUUAUGCGGCGGCCAGGGCGGCCAGCGUGCCAGCCCCUCGGCGCCAGCCGCCUCUGCCCUCACAGCGGCCCCGUGGAACUGGCGGUGGCAACAGAAAGGGGCUUAACUUCCUUUCUAAUCUUGCUGGCUUCAAGGUUAGAAGACGGCGAAUUUGCUCCGAUAUGUUUGAGAAGACCAAUAAAGUUGUUACUUUGGGCA